UUCUCGUGCAAUUCUCACUUUGGAGGCCGCGAACCCCGAAGAUCCAGGUUCUCAUCGGACUCGGCGAAUGAAUAAAACCGGAUAAAUUGUGUCGGUUUCAAGACACGAUCACAACAGUCUAUCGAUAAAGUGAUCUCACAAUUAGUUGCGUAAAAUGGCAACAGGAAGUUUCCUCGUGGAUUUAUUCGUCUUCCGACAACUCUUAGUGCAGAAACGCCAUUAUGCAAAAUCCAUUGUAUGGACGCCACGUUUGAAAGAAAUGCUCGACCCUCCUCCACCUAUAACUGCACGACAAAAACCUAAAAAUCUCCCUAAAUUGGAGGAUAUUAAAAUUCCCAAAAAAAUUAAUCGCGAGCCAACUGACAUUUUAAAGGCUCUGGCAAGUACGGUUGGAAGGGACUACACGGCAGCCCACUACAAAUUUCACGACGACCCAUACUUGAUUCCUUACUCAAAUAUGAACAAGAGAAGCUACGCCCUGUCGAAAGAGGCUGGGAGAAAAGCAGCCAAGUGGGUGAGAGAUCAACACGCCGACCUAUUUCAACAUGAAGUUGCUGAACCACCAAUUGAGGCCUUCUUCCCGUCCCCAGUUUUUACGGAAGAUAGCGUUUUGAGUCAGAAUGACUUGAAUAAAUACAUUCAACAAGGACUGCUAGACCAAGCAACAAAAAUACAUAGUAUUUUAAAGUCAAAAGGAACAGAAAUCAACGACGAAACAAGACAAUCAUUUUUAGAAAUGUUGUGUUAUUUCAAUGAAGUUGAGCAAAUUGACGAAGAUUUAGUGGAAGAGAGGUGGUAUAGACAAGCGAAUUUUAUGCGAGACCGACUAAAGAAUACUUGGAAAGAUGGUGGUUUAGCUGAAUCUGUAUUUAAAGAAAUUGAAAAUCCAUCCGUAGAGGCAUAUUGUGCCAUGAUUCGGGGACAGGCCAAAUUUUUUAAUGCAGAGAAAGCAUGGGUUACAUACACUGAGGCCCGAUCGAAAGGGUUAGUCCUUGAUACAGACACCUAUAAUUGCCUGAUUAAGGUCGCUAACUAUUUGAGAGAAAAUGCUGAUCUUCGCUUUGUACUUAUAGAGGAACUUUUGUCAGAAAUGAAGGAACUUGGACUUGAACCGAACCUGGGCACUAUGAACGCAAUGUUAGAUUCGUUCAGUAUGAUUGGAAACCCUCGUCAAGCUAAGAAUAUGGCUCUAUCGACAAUGUCUGAAUUUAAACGUAUCGGAAUUGAGCCAUCACUCGCAUCCUAUUUUUUCCUCUUAACGUUAUUUUGUAAAGAGAAGGGACCAAUCAGUACUAUAUUGGUCGAUAUUCUAAAAACAAUCAAGGGCAAAGAAUUUACUAUACAAGAUCCAAAGGACACGUAUUUCUUUGUAAUGGCGAUGGACAUUGCCCGAAAUCAUUUGCAGAAUGUUGAUCUGGCUUACCAAAUUGACGAAUUACUUCAUGUUGGUGAUAACUAUAACCUAAUCGGGGAUUCAUACAAAGAAUCAGUCUACUAUCGUCACUAUAUGGCCCUUCGGUGUAAUUUCGAGCCUUUUGACGAGUUCAUGAAAUUCUAUAGUAAAAUUGUGCCAAAUAUUUAUACACCAGAACCAGGAAUCACAGAGGAAAUUUUGAAAGCUGUUGAAGUUAAUGUAGCCAUCUCUUAUUUGCCACAAUUGUGGUCUGACAUAGUAAUAUUUGACCAAGCUAACCGUGAGAAUCUCCUCGAGUUAAUGCUUCAGAUGAUGGCUUCAUACUACCCAACUUUAAAAAAUACAGACAUUGUACAACCAGAAAAAUUGGCUGAAGAAUUUACAGAUAUUGGUUGGAAAAUCUGGGGGAUUGUGGAGGGCCAAGAACGUGAUAGAGGAGGACGCCAAAUUAAUUGGUCCGGAAAAAUGUUGGGAGAUUUAAUAACACUUCAAAUAAACGGAGACAAGUUUGACAAUGCAUGCGAAGUUAUCAAGAAGCUCUUAUCCCCGUUGGCAGCAUCAGAGGUUGUGGGUGUCCCUUCUUUAGACACUCUUAAACUUUUCCUGAAUACAUCAAUCACUAAAAACAAUGGAUCAAUGUGUUUGGCUUGUCUACAAUAUAUCAACGAGUGUGGAUUUCCGGAAAUCCUCGAGUUAGGUAAAGAAGUGUUUGAGAAGGUCAAGCUGGAUUCUCUACAGACAUCCAAGCUUUCCACCAUUACAGGACACAAUUUUUCAUCUUCAUUACCAGAAAAAAUAGAUGUCAUGUAAAGUUAGUCAUUUAAGUAAUUGUUCGGCAAUUUGUUAUAGAUUAAGUACACUCAGUCAGUAGAGUAAACAUAAGACUACUUUUUGUAUGCUUCUUUUUCGUGUUAUAGAUAUGCAAUAAUAAAUGGAUACAUUGUGACGUUUUAAUUCAGUA